UCUUCUCCGAUGUCUCUCUGUUCGCGCCGCCGCCGCCGGAACCAUGAAGCUCGACGUCGACGCUCUCCGGUACCUCUCCAAGGAUGACUUCAGAGUCCUCACUGCUGUUGAGAUGGGGAUGCGGAACCACGAGAUCGUCCCGGCUGAGCUUGUCGAUCGGAUUGCCGGACUAAAGCAUGGGGGGACUUACAAGGUGCUGAAGAAUCUACUGAAGAAUAAAUUGGUUCAUCAUGAUUCGUCAAAGUAUGAUGGGUUCCGGUUGACUUACCUCGGAUAUGACUUCCUUGCUAUCAAAACCCUUGUUAACCGCGGCGUCUUCUCAGCAGUCGGGAGGCAAAUUGGUGUUGGGAAAGAGUCAGAUAUAUUUGAGGUUGCCACUGAAGAUGGGACAAUUCUGGCUAUGAAGUUGCACAGAUUAGGUAGGGUCUCUUUUAGGGCAGUAAAAGCUAAGCGUGACUACUUGUUGCAUCGCAACAGUUAUAACUGGCUCUAUCUGUCGCGGCUUGCUGCGCUCAAAGAAUAUGCCUUUAUGAAGGCUUUAGGUGAGCAUGGGUUUCCUGUUCCUACUGCUGUGGACUGUAAUCGGCAUUGUGUGAUCAUGUCCCUUGUCAAUGGUUACCCACUUGUGCAAGUGAAGCAGUUGCAAAAUCCAGAUGAAGUUUUUGAAACAGUUCUCGGGCUUAUAGUUCGUCUUGCUGAGCAUGGCCUUAUCCAUUGUGACUUCAAUGAAUUCAACAUCAUGAUUGAUGACAACGAGGAGGUUACCAUGAUUGAUUUCCCUCAGAUGGUAUCGGUUUCUCAUCGCAAUGCAGAAAUGUACUUUGAUCGUGAUGUUGAAUGCAUUUUCAAGUUCUUUAGGAAAAGAUUUAAUUUAUCUGGUCAUGAAGAUGAAGAUGAUAAUGAUGAUGGGUCAGAAUCUGACUUGGAGUCAAAUUCUAGACCCACGUUUUCUUCCAUAACAAAAUCUUCUGGUUUCUUAGAUAAGGAGCUUGCUGCCAGUGGGUUUACACGGAGAGAUCAAGAUGACAUUGAGAAGUAUAUUGACGGGGGAGGUGAAGAAAUUGAUGGUCCUGAUUCCAAUGAUGAAGUGCCUUCCGAUCAAGAGGAACAAGACCCUGAUGAAAACCAUAUUCCUUUAGCUGUGAAUAUGAAUGCUUUGCAUUUAGCAGAUCAGCAUGAUUUCUUAAUGCACUCUAAUGAUAAGGAUGCUUUGGAGGAGCCUCAGCAUUCUAUGAUCCCUAGUACCACUAGUGAGGCAGAAACAUCUCGUGCAGGGCACCAAGUCAGCAUUAAUGAUGGGGAUGACAAAGGAUCAGACGGCCGCCCUACUUCUGCUCAUGCUGGCUGUAGCAACGAGUUGGAAGUUUCACGGGCAGAAGAACAGGAUGAUAGCAAUGAACUGAAUGAAGAUGACGCUCUUCUGACGAAGCGUCUGAGCAAGCAGAGACGACGAGGUGUGGCAGCUGCUCAGGGUGGACACAAGGCCAUUUCUAGCAGAAAUUCUUACAAGGACAAAGGUGGCAGGAGCAGCAACAACUCGAAACUCCAAAAGCAUGCUUGCAAGUGGUAAUCGGAUAUUUUUCGUACUUUUCUGAUGGACAGCCGGUGAUUUUUCCAGUUGUGCACCGGUUUGGUGAUGAGUCUUCUUAAACUACAUGAGAUACUUAUAUAUGCAGUUGAUUUGACCUUGUUUUCUCUUUAGAAUGAGUCUGUAACACCAAGGAUGAUCCAUUUUUGAGUGUGGAAAAUGAAUUAUAACCUCU